AUGCAGCCGGACGAAGCCACGCAGACCUUCCUGUCGGAGGUCUUCUCCCAGGUUUCCGAACCCCUGCAGGCCGACACUUUACGUCUACAAGAUCUCUGGGAGCAGAAGUUAUGGCACGAGCUGACUGAGACCCUCGUCACCAUUUUCAACCAUCCCGACAGCGGCCCCUUCCGCAUGGCCAUCUACAACAAAUUCAUCCUUCAGUUUGCCGACAAGAUCAACCAGCUGAAGCUAGUCGACCUCGCCUUAAAGGCAGCAACACAAUGCCAAGACCUCCAAGAACGCCUCGCUUUUGUGGAGCUUGUAGCAGGCAAGGAUCCAAACUCAAGAAAUGCUUAUGUCUACGCGACCGUGGCUGUGGCAAAUGUGAAGCUGGAACUCGGCAAGCUCGAUGAUGCGCGGAAGGAUCUCGACAAGGCCGAGAAGAAGCUGGACGUAUUUGACUCGGUCGAGACGGUCGUCCAUGCCACGUUCUACAAGGUCAACGCCGACUACUACUACCUCAAGCAAGACUUUGCGUCCUACUACCGCAACGCCCUCCUCUACCUUGCGUGUAUUGACAUCAAGAGCUUGGAUGAUGCCGAACGGCGCAAGCGGGCAUACGACCUGGCGACCUCGGCGCUGGUGUCGACAAGCAUCUACAACUUUGGCGAGCUGCUUCUACACCCCAUCCUGGACGCACUGAACGACAAGAAGGACCAGUGGCUGCGGGACCUGCUCUUCAUUUUCAACGCGGGCGACCUCACGAGAUACGACAUGCUCUCCGGCAGCGUUGAUUCCGACCCCCUGCUCUCCCAACACAAGGACAAGCUACGGGAGAAGAUCUAUCUGGCAGCGUUGACCGAGGCCGUCUUCCGACGACCACCCCACGAGCGCGCCAUGUCAUUUGCGACGAUAGAGCAGGAGACGAAGGUCAAGCCCCACGAGAUCGAGCAUCUCGUCAUGAAGGCGCUGAGUCUAGGCCUCUUGAGGGGAACAGUCGACCAGGUGGAUGAGGUGGCCAAUAUCAACUGGGUACAGCCCAAGGUAUUGGAUUUCAAACAGAUCGAUAGCAUGCGUCUGCGGUUGGCGGAGUGGGACAACAGCGUCAAUCAGCUAGGCAAUUGGAUCGAGAAGACAGGCCAAGAUGUGUGGGCUGCGUAAGGUGCUGGAGUUGUAUGGGGACAGCAUGGUUCGGCGACAGCCAUGGAGACGUGGAAAUCAUAGGUGGUAGUGACGCUAUAACUGUAAAUUAUGCAUUACACGAGGCCCGAUCUUGGAAGGCAAAAGCAGAAGAAAAGAUU